AUGUGGGAGCAGGAGGAAUUUGCAAAACACUGGAGGAAGGAAUUUCCCGACGGGAAAGUACCCCAAAUGGACUUAAACUCUGUAGAGGACAUCGAGUCGGAGCUGGAGAAAUGUAAAGCCAACCUAAAGAGGCUCCAGAAGGCUCUGGCGGAGGAGAAAUUCAAGGUGAUUUACCUGGAGACCACCAUAUCUCAAAGGAAGAGUCACGACCCGGAAAGGUUUGAAGGCAAAGAUGAAAACUUUAACGCUGCCACAUUUGCCUUCUCUAAGACGGGGCAUAUUAGGAUUCCACAGCGGCGGGAAGAUGAAGGCGACGGCCAGAGGGCCGUGGUGUCUGAUUCUGGGGGAGCGAGCCUCCACGCGGCAGGGAACAUAGCGGGUGUCAUGAGCUCCUUCGGGCGGGAACGGAGCAGGUUCAGCGGCAAGACAGGUAAGCCCGUUCCCAUCCCUGUCCCGCCACGGAAACCCAUCUUUCUGAAAGGGGAACCGGUCCCAACUGGCGUCUUUCAACCGAAUGAUAACGAGGUGGGUAGCGACCGAGAAUACGAGUAUACAGAGCUGAAUGAAAAUUUCGUCAGGAAUAACUUGGUGGUACCAAAGAGCGUCGGCAGGGACAACCAGAGGACGUCCAACGCCUGCCGGGACACCCGGCUGCCUUUCCGCCACAGCAGGGACUUUGACUCGGGCGAGGACGGCAGGCUGUCCCCGUCCUUCCCGCAUAUUCGCUGCAGAGCCUCUCAGGGCUCCGGGUGCAGCACCCCUGACAGGAGGAGUGAUGGGUACCUGAGCUCCGACCAUGACGACGACUCCUCUGCAGACUUUAACUACAACACAGAUGGCUACGAGGGGGACGGAGGGGAGGACGGCAAGUGUCAGGAUGGCUCCGAGACGCUGCCAUAUAUAGAUGAAUCGCCCACCAUGUCGCCCCAGCUGUGCACGCCCCAAGGGCCCGAUGGAGAAAUGGUCUCCCCCACACCUCCAGAGGGCCUGCUGGCAGGGGGAGACAUAGAGAAAGGACUGGAGAUGAAGAAGCUGGUGCUGUCAGGUUUCCUGGCCAGCGAGGAGAUCUACAUUAACCAGCUGGAGGCACUGCUACUGCCCAUGCGCCCUCUGAAAGCCACAGCCACAACCUCGCAGCCCGUCCUGACCAUCCAGCAGGUAGAGACCAUCUUCUACAAAAUCCAGGACAUCUUUGAGAUCCACAAGGAGUUCUACGACGCCCUCUUACCCAACAUCCAGCAGUGGGACGAGAAGGUCACCGUGGGGCAUUUGUUCCAGAAGUUGGCUAGCCAGCUGGGAGUGUACAAGGCCUUUGUGGACAACUACAAGGUGGCACUAGAGACGGCCGAGAAAUGCAGCCAGGCCAACGGCCAGUUCCAGAAGAUAUCUGAGAACCUGAAAGUAAAAGCCUAAAGUUCCAAAGAUUGUACCACUACUGUCUCAAUGGAGGCUCUGCUUUACAAGCCGAUUGACCGUGUCACCAGGAGCACCCUGGUCCUUCAUGACUUGCUGAAACACACGCCUAAGGACCACCCGGACUUCCCCCUCCUGCAGGACGCUCUGCGGAUAUCGCAGAACUUCCUCUCCUCCAUCAACGAGGAGAUCGACCCUCGCAGGACUGCUGUCACCACGCCCAAGGGAGAGGCUCGUCAGCUGGUAAAGGAUGGCUUCCUGGUGGAGGUGUCAGAAAGCUCCAGGAAGCUUCGGCAUGUCUUCCUCUUCACGGAUCUGCUACUCUGUGCCAAGAUGAAGAAGACAUCAGUGGGUCGCCAACAGCAGUAUGAGUGCAAGUGGUACAUCCCUCUGGCGGACUUGACUUUCCAGACCCUGGACGACUGCGACUCGUGUCACAGUAUCCAGAUCCUGCCCGAGCACGAGAUCGAGGAGAUGAAGAUCAAGAUCUCGGUCUUAAAGAGUGAGAUACAGAAAGAGAAGAAAGCACCGAAGGGUCAGAGUCGCGUGGAGCGUCUGAGGAAGAAGAUGAAUGAGCAGGAGUCGUGGCUGCUCCUGCACUCUCCCACCAUCCCCUUCCGCAUCCACAACAAACAUGGAAAGAGCUACCAGUUCCUCCUCUCGUCAGAUUACGAGAGGUCAGAGUGGAGGGAAAGCAUCCAGAAACUCCAGACAAAAGACCUCCAGACGUGUGUUUUGAGUUCUGUCGAGCUCCAGGUCCUGACCAGCUCCUGUUUCAAACUACGAACUGUCCACAACAUUCCUGUCACCAGUAACAAAGACGAUGAGGAGACUCCUGGCCUGUACGGCUUUCUGCAUGUGAUCGUCCACUCUGCCAAAGGAUUCAAGGAGUCAGCCAAUCCAUACUGCACCCUUGAAGUGGACUCGUAUGGAUACUUUGUCAGCAAGGCCAAGACCCGAGCCUUCAGAGACACCACAGAGCCACAGUGGAACGAAGAAUUUGAGAUUGAGUUGGAGGGCUCCCAGUACCUGCGGAUCCUGUGCUACGAGAAGUGUUACGACAAAAGCAGACUCAACAAGGACGACAACGAGAUUGUGGACAAGAUCAUGGGAAAAGGCCAAGUCCAGCUGGAUCCUCAGACAGUGCAGUCCAAGAACUGGCAUAUGGACGUCAUAGAGAUGAACGGGAUCAAAGUGGAGUUCUCCAUGAAAUUCACAAGUCGGGACCUCAGCUUAAAGAGAACGCCGUCCAAAAAACAGAGUGGCGUGUUUGGAGUCAAAAUAAACGUGGUGACAAAGCGCGAGCGCUCCAAGGUGCCUUACAUUGUUCGUCAGUGCAUUGAGGAAGUGGAGAAGAGGGGGAUCGACGAAGUGGGAAUCUACAGGAUCUCAGGGGUGGCCACUGAUAUCCAGGCCCUCAAAACAGCAUUUGACACCAAUACCAAAGACAUCCUGGUGAUGCUGAGCGACAUGGACAUCAACGCCAUCGCAGGAACGCUGAAGCUGUACUUCAGGGAGCUGCCGGAGCCUCUGCUCACCGACCGCCUCUACCCCGCCUUCAUGGAGGGCAUAGCGCUCUCUGACCCAGCAGCCAAGGAAAACUGCAUGAUGCACCUGCUGCGCUCCCUGCCCGACCCCAACCUCAUGACCUUCCUCAUCCUGCUGGAGCACCUCAAACGGGUGGCUGAGAAGGAGCCAAUUAACAAGAUGUCCCUCCACAACCUGGCCACCGUGUUUGGCCCCACUCUGCUCAGGCCCUCCGAGUCCGAGAUCACCAAGGCCCAGCACAUCACCUCUGCCUCCGACAUCUGGUCACAUGACGUAAUGGCACAGGUCCAGGUGCUGCUGUACUACCUGCAGCAUCCUCCCAUCUCCUUUGCCGAACUGAAGCGCAACACGCUCUACUUUUCCACUGACGUUUAAUCCCCCCCCACCACCACCACCACCCCCACCACCACCUCCCUCAGGGCGCCGUCUGCAGAGGAGAGAGUGACAGACUCCAAACAAACCUCGCCACUCGGUCCUCCCGCCUCACGUCUCCUCCCAGCAGUCAGCUCAUCUCGACUGUACAGCCCCAAACACACAAAACACACACACACACACACACACACACACACACACACACAUCCCUCUUGUCUGCACCCCCAACCAACCCCCCCGUCCUAAAAAGAGCUGGAGCCGAGCACGUAGGGAGGUGGUGAAGGAGGUUUCCUGGUCGUCUAGUAGUCACAUGUCAAGUCCUGUUUGUACUGACAAGACGACAAGGCAUUCUGGGACCACUGUGGGGAAGAUCGGGGGGGUCCGGAGGCCACGGCCUGGCGCGGUGGCACAGGAUCACACCCAUGUGUUUGUCGUGGUGUCCUCUAGUGAGGCGCUGGUUUGAUGAUAUCAUCUCAGAAACCAGUCGACUCGUUUCUCCCGAUCAGAGGCAUUCCAGAAAAAUGGCAUUUACAUGUUUUUAAUAAUUAUUUUCAGCUGUUUGUCUUCUUUUUCCGUCUUUCUGGCGCUGUGCAUGUGAUGGAGGGGGCCAGAGUGUGCGAGUGACGUUGUGGAUGUAUUUGAGUGACUGUGUGUGUGUUUAAGGGACUAUGAGAACUUGUGAGGUUGAGGUACAAGUGGCUGGGAAGCCAUCGUGAUAGAUCCAUCUCUGUACUGACAAACACGAGAUGACCGUCCUCCCCAGUGAGUCUUGGCCAAAUUAGCCCUAUUUAUUUUAAAUAUAUAUAAUAUGUGUGCCUGUACAGUUCUGUGCAACUAGAGAAAUGCUCUAAGGAGUCUGUUUUUUGAAGUUUAUUCAGGUAGUGAUGUUAUUUUUAGUCUGAUUUUCUCAUUCACCAUGUCCAUGGUUGGUAAGCUGUACGGAAAAGAACAGAAAGUCUGCCAACUGAUUUCAGAUCAGUUUGUAGAGGAAGGGCACCCUGGGACCUCAGCGUUGUUGGGGUAAAAAAAAACAAC